AGAUGUGAAUCAUACGUGUGAUUGACACAAUCAAUUGUUUUGUUAGUGAACAAAAUGACUGAUAGUUUCAGUCUUAUGAUGAAACUUCCUCAAUCUUUGCAUCAUUUUUUAUAAAGUAACAAUUACUUCCAGCUUUUUAUGUUAAUUCCCCCGUACAUCUCAUGGAGCCCGUAAAACUUUUUGCCGUUGUCUUUGGACUAUAUGUACAGGAAUGGAUUGUGUCCACGUUACUUGCUCAUCCGUGUAUUACAAGCCGUGAUUGUAAUUGUUCUAUUUCAGCGAUAGAGGGCGAAUAUUACGCAGAUUGUUCCAACAAGAAUCUACAGAAUGCACCAAACUUCUCAAAUUCAUUUUAUCCAAUUGCUGGAAUAGACUUAUCCAUAAAUGUAUUGUCCAAGUUUCCUUCACAUCUACCGAAGACACUGAAGUAUCUAAAUGUCUCAGCAAACAGCUUGGACAGAUUGACGAGGCACGACAUUCGUGAGUAUCCACAUUUGAUUGAAUUACGGAUGUCCAAGUGCAAACUUAAAGUUCUGGAGUCUCACUCACUUAAUGGAAGUCAGUUAAGGUAUCUGGAUGUUUCUGGCAACAGAGAACUGACGUUGUCAGUGUUAAAGAAUAUUUCUUGUGAUCUCUCGGAGAGCUUUAUAGAAACUCUAAUCCUCGACGAGCUUCAAUGCCCAAUCGGACCUAGUAUUGUCCUAACUGCAGAUCACGUCAAGUGUCUGAGAAACACCAGUCUGAAAACGUUAUCCCUGGCAUCAAAUAGAAUUGUCUAUUUAAACGUUCAUGUGAUACCGACACUCCCUGAGUCUUUAACAGUGCUCAAUUUCAGCGACAACAAGUUGACUUUGGAACUGUAUGCUUUUCAACUUCGUCAACUGAAAUCGAUGAAAGUUCUAGACUUCAGUUACCAAUCUCGUAUCCCUGAACUAAAUUCUGAGUAUUUAGCAUGUAGAUUUGGAGAGAAAGAUUGUAUUACGGGGGAAACUGAGCAAGAACAAAGGGAACCCGAGCCAAAGGUGUACGACUUUGAUCCAUACAACUAUACAUUUUAUCUUCCACAGUCAUUGGAAACGGUUUAUGUUCAUAACUGUGAUUUGAAAUUUAAAAUGAGUCAUCAUAUUUACAAGAUUGGAAAACACCUGUCUCAUGUGACCCUUCAAAACAAUGUAUUGUAUGAAUGGAGCACUCCACUGUAUGGAAUAGAACCAGUGAGACAUUUAGACAUGUCUAACAAUUUCUGCACCACAGUUCAGGAAAAUUUCUUCGUAGAUGGUAAAAAUCUAAUUUUUCUAGACCUAUCUAAGAAUAUCUUAGGUGAUAGCUUUGCAAAAGACAUCCAUGGGAAUAUUUUCAGAUCCCUGCGGAGCCUAAAUAUUCUUAAUAUAUCCCGAAAUAAAAUCACAAUUUUACCACGUAAAAUGUUUCAGACCACGGUCAAUUUAAGGGAGCUGAGACUUUCCCAUAACCAGAUCACAAAAUUUGAAGUUAUGAUUCAACAUAUGAAAUACUUGUCUCUCCUGGAUAUUUCUCACAACCAAAUCGAGACCCUACCCACAGAUAUUCAGGAAGCUAUAGAUGGAAUAGCGGGCACGCAUCCGAUAAAAGUAAACUUAUAUGGGAAUCCUUUGAGUUGCAGAUGUGAACAUUUCGAUUUCAUCAUGUGGCUUCAUAAACAUAACGAUAUCGUGUUUUUGAAUUUUGAAAAUUAUACAUGUGUUUUUCAGAAUGAAAAACACGCUCUAAACAGCACUACGCUCCUGAAAUUCCACAAACAAUGUGCAGAGUAUUCCCUUCUAACUGUCAUAUUGUUUGCUGUUAUUUUGAUAUUUACUAUCAGUGUAAUUUGUAAGAUCAUAUAUCGGUUUAGAUGGCGCCUUCGCUACCUGUAUUACAUCACUGUAAAACAAUCAAACGCAGAUACAGCUGACCCAAAACCGUACAGGUAUGACGCUUUUAUUUCAUAUGCAGCGGAAAAUGAAAUCUUUGCAAUUGACGUCAUCAACGAUUUGGAAAGAAACAGUAAUCUUAGAGUGUGCUUCCAUAGCAGAGAUUUUAUUCCAGGCACAGCCAUUGCCGACAAUAUAUCGAAUGCCAUUCAGAAUAGCAGACGAACUGUGUGUAUUGUGACGUCACAUUUUCUUCAAUCCUAUUGGUGUAUGUUUGAAUUCAACAUGGCACGCAUGGUGUCGUUCUAUUCUCGAGCCGGAGAAAAUGUUCUUAGUCUUGUUCUUCUUGAGAAAUAUCCGACACACAAAAUGCCGCUGGACUUAGCAGAAGUGAUUCUAUCCAAUUCGUAUCUCGAAUAUCCAGGGAAUUUCCUUGACAGACAAUCAUUCACUUCGAAGUUAGCUGAACAUUUGUAAAUCAAAUAUUAUACCCAUUUGUAUAAACUGAGAACAAUAUUAUCAGUGUUUGUUGCUGCGUAGCUGGUGCUAGUCUGAAUGAAAGGUGAAGAUAACAAACAGUGAUCAAUCUCAAAACUCCUAAACGGAAUACAAAAUAAAGGGUUCGGCAAAUGAGGAACUCUAGACAUACCAAAGGUGGGGGCAGGUGCUUAGGAGGAGUAAGCAUCUGCUGUCGACCGUUUACACCCAAUGUGAGCCCCAUGUCUUCAUCGGGUAAACAUGUAGAUAUGUUUAAAGCAAAAAUCAUAACAGUUCAGCAAACAAACUUCAACAUAUUUUACAAUAUGUAACAGGAAAGCAGAAAAAUAAUGGCUUGACGUGGACUUGAACUAGAGAUCACUGCAUUUCUAGUCAGGUGCUCUAACCACUGAAUUAUCCAGGUCAAUAUCCACGCUCCAUAUCGCCCAAACCAGAACAUUCCUCCCUCCUUAAAUUGUUUUUGCCCAUAAAGACACACGUUCCAGAUUCUUUUGCCUCCGUCAGGAAUUUCACCUGUAAGUUCAGUGGUGGUCAAAGGCACCACAGUAAACGAAAGACAGAGAAGGUCUAUUGCUGGACUGGGAAUCGCAUUUCCCAAUACUAAAGAGAUAAUGGACUUGGAGUUUUAUAACUUUCAAUAUAGUAGCCAUUACAAUUUUAGUAGAACUACCUUGGAUUCUUUUUUAGAUUUUCAGACAAUAAAGCUUUUCUAGUAUGUGUUAAAUUAUGUUGUGUUCAUCUAAAUAAAAUUCAAAAUUUG